AUGGAUGCCGAAUUUGACCGGAAGUUCGAGAGCCUUCGGGAUGCUCACAACAAGGGCGUCAUCGUUGGCUUGCACGAGGUCGCAGGCCUCGCGCCUCGCUUAGACAUUGACGUCUUGAUGGAGAAAAAUCCAAAGGCGUUCAACUUGUUCCUGAUAGCUUUCGAACAGCUGCAGCAGGUCCCUUCAAGAAUUCACGGCUUUCCCAGCCAGGAUUGGUACGAGAUUCCUGGUCGUCAGCGUGAGGCGGGCGAUCCUGGCUACUGCGCCCAUUCGAAGACAACAUUUCCCACAUGGCAUCGGCCAUACCUUGCAAUGUUGGAGCAAGCACUGUUCGUCAAGAUGAUGGAACAUGCAAACAAGUACAACGAGCCCCACAAGACAGAGUAUCGUAAAGCGGUAUAUGACUUCCGGCUUCCGUACUGGGAUUAUCACAGACCUCGAGGCGGUAAGGUUGAGUUCCCGGGUGUCAUCCUCGAUGGCAAGAGGACCAGCUACAAGUACAACUUUUGUGUCCCGUUGAUCUUUACUGCUCCAACGGUCGUGGUGCUUGAUGAGCCAGACAACCUUCCGAGAACUCUUGAACGGAACCCGCUCAACUUCCAUGCCUUCGAUGCAACGGCUGGGCAGCUGAAUGAAGAAAAUGAGUGGAAGAAGAUUUACAGCGAAGAGACUGGUGUGAGUAGAAACCGCACAUCUAGACAUCCCAUGGCCGAAAGUCUAGACAACCCCGACAGGUUGAACUCGGUCGUGAACGAGAUUCGUAUGGAUUCUGCAAGACUUGCGGUCAGGCUCGUUACAGACCCAGAGUAUGGCAACUACGAGAUCAUCUCCAAGAGUACUGUCGCCCGUGGCAAUGUACAGGCGCCAGCCUCGUCUCCGGAUGACCCAAGAAAGACAGAGGAACAGAAGCAGCUCGAAGGCAAGGUCAAACCUUUCAGCGGAUCCCUCGAGGGAAUCCACAACAUGUACCACGUCUACCUUGGUGGGUUUGGAUCGGCAUCGGGUCAUAUUGGCUACGUACCGGUAGCGGCCUUUGAUCCCAUCUUUUGGUUCCACCACAAUAACAUCGAGCGCAUGUUCACCAUAUGGCAAGCUGUGCAUGCCGAUAAGGAGACGAACUGGUUCAACUAUGACCCACAGGAAGCCAAGGAGGCGCUGCGGCCAUUCCUUCGCCGUGAGAAACCUUCCGGAGGAGUCACCGACGAUGAUUUCUGGAGCUCGGAUGAUGUCAGGGACAGCAGGACUCUCGGCUACUACUUUGAAGACGCCGGCGAUGCAAACGGUAAUUUCCCCGGGCAAAAGGUCGCCGCCAAUUACGCUGCAAACUAUAAUUGGUCCAUCCCCACAGACCCUCACGAGGAUGUUGGAGAGCCCCCUGAGGCCAUGAAGCCAAUUACGAUGGAAGACAAGUCGUUCUUCAAGAACCAACCCGUGCAGGUACUACCUGCGCCCAUUCCUGAGAUCGGAUCAGUCCAGUCUUCCACAGCUCCAGCCUCAGCUCCCGCAUCUGAGCCAGCCUCUGCUCCUGCCUCGGUUCCAGAACCUGCUCCAGAACCUGCUGCAGCCUCAUUACCAGCUUCAAUUCCAGCUUCAGGUCAAGCAGCAGAGACCAAAUCUACUAACCAGGUCUUGUGGGAGUGGUACAUUGAUGAUCGUGUGGAAGCGAUGUCCUUGAAUGACAGCUUCACCGUCCCCUACUUUGUCCUCUCCAAGCCGUCGGCCACACUUGCGGGCUUGCGGGACCUGGCGGUAGCGCCGACGCUCGUGGGCGCGACGCACAUCUUCACGGCGCCAAAGGAGACCUGCGGCAACUGCGCAGCGAAAGCGCGCGACCGCACCGUGGUCCGCAACACCAUGAUCAUCACCUCGCAGCUCAUGGACUACGUCAAGGUCGGCGAGCUCGGCAGCCUGGACCCCGUGCACGUGGUGCCGUUCCUCACGGCGCGGCUUCGGUGGCGCGUCGUCACCGCGGGCGGCGUGCAGAUCGACCCCCGACGCCUGCGCAACGACGGGUCUCUCAAGAUUAGCAUCAGCUCUCGGCGAUCCACUGUCGGCGCGGACGCGUCGGAGGAGCCCUUGUAUGCAAACUACCCUCGCGUCGUGGCCGACAUUGUUGCAGCCGCGUCGGCGCAGGCUACCUUUGUACAGCAAACCUAA